GACACAGAGGGAUGCUGCUAUACGAAGAUUCCAAGCGGGCUAAAGAGAAAAAAAGCUGAUUAUACCUGAGACUUCCCUCUGAACGGGAUGACGGCCACAGCUGCAGUGGAGACACCAAAAAUGGAGAAGAGUGCCUAUAAGGAAGAGAAGUGUCAGGCUAAGCAGAAGAACACAAAGCAGGACAAUGCUGAGCUUGAAGAAUGGAUUAGCUCUGAAAGUGAUCCUGAACAGACAAGCCUCAAGAGCAGCAAAAACAAUGACUGCAGUUUCCAACCUGAAGAUUUUCAGCUGAAGAAAAAGGCGAUUCCCUCCAAACCACACCGCCAACUUUGUAGAUCACCUUGUCUAGAUCGUCCAAGCUUCUCCCAGAGCAGCAUUCUACAGGGUGGGAAACUUGACUUGGAAAAGGAAUACCAAGCUAAGAUGGAUUUUGCUCUAAAGUUGGGCUAUGCAGAGGAGCAAAUUCAAUUAGUGCUCAACAAGCUGGGUCCAGAAUCCCUUAUUAAUGAUGUUUUGGCAGAGCUUGUAAGGCUGGGGAACAAAGGUGAUUCAGAAAUGCAGGUCAACUUGAGUCUGUUAGUACCUCGGGGGCCCGGUUCAAGAGAAAUUUCAAGCCCUGAACUGUCUCUUGAAGAUGGAAUGGGAAACACUGACAAUUUGAGGCCAAUUGUCAUUGAUGGAAGUAAUGUGGCAAUGAGCCAUGGGAAUAAGGAAGAAUUCUCCUGCAGAGGAAUACAACUUGCUGUUGAUUGGUUUCUAGAUAAAGGCCAUAAAGAUAUUACAGUAUUUGUGCCUGCAUGGAGAAAGGAGCAAUCCCGCCCUGAUGCACUAAUUACAGAUCAAGACAUCCUACGUAAAUUGGAGAAGGAAAAGAUUCUUGUCUUUACCCCAUCCCGAAGGGUGCAGGGCAGAAGAGUUGUCUGCUACGAUGACCGGUUCAUAGUCAAACUGGCUUUUGAUUCUGAUGGCAUCAUUGUGUCCAAUGAUAACUACAGAGAUCUUCAAGUUGAAAAACCAGAAUGGAAGAAGUUUAUAGAGGAGCGAUUGCUGAUGUAUUCUUUUGUAAACGACAAAUUUAUGCCUCCCGAUGAUCCUUUGGGACGCCAUGGCCCAAGCCUUGAAAAUUUCUUAAGAAAGAGACCCGUUGUUCCAGAGCACAAGAAACAACCAUGCCCUUAUGGCAAAAAAUGCACCUAUGGCCACAAGUGCAAAUACUACCAUCCAGAGAGGGCUAACCAACCUCAGCGUUCGGUUGCUGAUGAGCUCCGCAUCAGUGCCAAAUUAUCCACAGUGAAGACCGUGAGUGAAGGCAUGCUGGCCAAGUAUUGCACAGGGAUGUAUAGUGCCAAAGGAGAAAUAACCUCAGAAGUCAAAUGUGUUGCCUCCAAACACCAAUCAGAUCCCAGUAUUUGGUCUGUGCCUGUGGAGCCUAAGGAAUGGCUUUCUUCUGCCCAUAAACCUGAGACCAGUUCUGUCCCCUCACUUGUGACUGCCCUAAGUGUCCCCACAAUAUUACCCAAAAAAAACCAUGCAGUGGGUGCACUUAAUACACGUUCGGCCAGUAGUCCAGUACCAGGAUCUUCUCACUUUUCCCACCAAAAGGCCUCUUUGGAACACAUGGAUAGCAUGCAGUAUCCCCCCAUUCUGGUUACUAAUAGCCAUGGGACCUCUAUUAGUUAUGCUGAGCAGUAUUCAAAGUUUGAUUCCUUAGGGGAUCAAGGCUAUUAUUCAGUGUUAGAUGACUUCUCCAAACUGAAUACCAACAGCAUGCAUAAUAGAGAGCAUUACAUAGAUGAAACAGACCGAGCGAUAUAUUCCCGAAAUUCUAACAUCUGUCCUGAUAGUCGUAUUAGUCAUCCCAGGAAUGACAACUUUUCCUCUUACAACAAUCUGUACUUGGCUGUUUCUGAUAUCCAUCGUGAAGGCAAUAUAAAACUGCAUCGCUCAGCAUCUCAAAAUCAUCUUCAGCCUUUUACACAUGGUUUCCAAGAAGCCUUAACGCGAGUGCAGAGCUAUUGCCCAGAAGAUUCAAAACAAGCACCCCAGAAUCAGUCAGUUUCCCACUUAGUUUUGCAUUCCCAGCAGUCAGCAACUGGAACAUGCUCCAGAUAUCCUGAAGACUACCCCAUACCUCCCAAUAUCAAUCCUGACGUGACUUUCCAGCCAGGACGUGCCCUGGUGAUGACUAGGGUGGACAGUAUUUCUGACUCACGCCUCUAUGAGAGCAACCCUAUUAGGCAAAGACGACAUCCUCUAUGCAGAGAACAGCAUGCCAGCUGGGACCCGCUGCCCUUUGCAACUGACUCCUACGGCCGCCACUCCUAUCCUUUAAGUAACAGCCUCAUGCAACCAUGCUAUGAGCCAUUCAUGGUAAGGAGUGUUCCUGAGAAGAUGGAGCAGCUCUGGAGGAAUUCUUGGGUUGGAACAUGCAAUGAUUCCAGGGAACAUAUGAUUCCUGAGCAUCAGUAUCAGACCUAUAAGAACCUCUGCAAUAUUUUCCCCUCAAACAUUGUUCGUGCAGUGAUGGAGAAGAAUCCCCACACAGCUGAUGCCCAGCAACUGGCAGCCUUGAUUGUUUCUAAGCUUAGGUCUGCACGCUGACAUGACUACAGGACUUCUUUAUACAAAUAUGAACAUUAAUACCAAUAAUGUGCUAAUAUUAUGAUAAUCGUAACUAAUCAUUUGUUGUUGCACUAUGUUUAUGGCACUGAAAUGUAUAUUAACCCUAUGGGGUCAGUCCAUUAUUGUCUUUAUUCUAGGUAAAAAAAAAAUAAAGCUCAGUGAGGUUAAAUGACUUGCCAAAAUCACACUGCUAGAAAAUGCCAAAGUUAGAACUCACAACCAAGUUUCCAGACUCUGAUUCCAUUUUGGAAUUCAGCAUGCAGGUGAUGGAGAAUGAAACCCAGGAAGAGAGGCUUAAA